AGCGGGAUCGAGAGCACAUGCGACGGGGUAACACCUAAGAUGACGAGGGGACAAACAGAAUUGGGAGACAUCACCCAACACAAUUUAAAGCAACUAAAGAGGCUAAACCAAGUGGUGUUUCCAGUGACAUACAAUGACAAGUUCUACAAAGAUGUUCUGGAAGUUGGAGAAUUAGCCAAACUAGCCUACUUCAAUGAUAUAGUGGUAGGCGCCGUAUGCUGUAGGAUUGAUGUGUCGGACGGUCAGCGGAGAUUAUACAUAAUGACACUAGGUGCACUGGCUCCAUACCGCAGACUGGGAAUAGGAACGAUCAUGCUGGAACAUGUGUUGAAAAUCUGUGAUACUGAUGGAAAUUAUGACAAUGUCUUUCUACAUGUUCAAGUGAACAACGAUGUGGCCAUUAAGUUCUAUGAGAAAUUUGGAUUUGAGAUUGUGGAGGAAAAAAAGAACUACUACAAGAGAAUUGAGCCAGCGGAUGCAUAUGUAUUACAAAAAUCUUUCCGCGGUAAACCCCCCAAAGAGGAAACGGCGGAUCAGCGACAGGAAACAUCACAAUCCAAGUGAAUCACAUGUGAAUUCACAAAAUGGAAUGUAUAUAGGCUUUCUAUUGUGAUAAAAUCUCCCUUCUGAAAUAAAAAAAAUGUGUAGAAAUCAACUCUAGGACCUUUGGAGGAGAGCCCAGAGUAUAUGUGAAAUACUAUCAUUAUAGAGAGUAUGAAUUUAAAGUGAUUAUGUAUUUUGUGGAGCAAAUGUAUUGGGUAUUGGAAAAAGAUAAUGCCACAUUAUCACUUAGUGAAAUAUGUUUUUUUUAAUCAAAGGGUGAGCUGGUGACAAGUAUAGAAAUUGUGUUAGGAAAUCAUUUAUAAUAGACAUUGCAGGCAUAUAACAGGACAAACCAGAAUAUAUUAUGGUUUUUGAUGUUACUGAUACCUCCUUGAAUUUUGAAUUCUUCCUGUGAAAACAUAUUUGGAAAUAUAAGCACAAAAUAUCUAUUUAAAAAUUGCUUGACCCUGAUCAGUUCUUGCAACAACCAAACCUUUUUAUUGAUACUAAUUAUAUAUAUACAUUGUAUAUAAUAAUCCAAAGUCUGGUGUUUCAACAGAAAUACCAGCAAAUGAUACACUGUUCUACAGUCCUUUAAUAAGCCCACCCUUUGAUUUUUAAGGUAAGAGAUUUUGUGUGAAGCCCUAGAUCUUGUUCCAAGAUAAAUGAAAAUUGAUAUGAAAAUGAAGAUGUGUUAAUCUGUGCAAUUUUAGACAUUAACUGCACUUUUUCUUUCUAAAAAUUUGAAAAAAUUUGGCAAAGUAGACCUGGAUAUUCUUUGAUUUGAAGAAGUAUAAUACGCCUUGCAAAAAUUGAUGAAUACCAGACAUCUUUUUUAAGCAAUUAUUCACACCUGAUAAAUACUUUAGUGAACUAGAUUGAUUUAAAGACAAUAACAAAUUUAUAUUUGAUGAGGAGACCAUUUACUGGAUUAGGUAGGAGGAGGCAAGAUCAAGAUAUGGCAUUCAUAACACAUAUGAAUGCCAACCAAAAUCAGUUAAAUGCUAAUAUUCAUCGCUUUCAAUUUUCAUGUUAUCAAAGGCAAACAACCUUAUGUUUACAUUAGAAUGUGUUUGCAAUGAUACUUUGUUGUUGGCAGUUCACGAAAAAAAAAACAAUCUUCCCUUCCAUCGUAAAAUAUUUUAUUUGUUUAUUGUAUGUAAAUGUUCAAGGAAGGUACCGCUAGCAUUGUACGCAGGUUUGGUAGAGAAAACAAAUCCAGCAUUAAAAAUUCAGGGAUGAUAUAUAAAGUAGAUUCUGUGUAUAUAUAUAUAUAUUAAUAUUAUAUAUAUAUAAAAAAUGAAAUAAAAAAAUAAAGAAGUACGCAACAAACUAGGGACAAGUAAAUUUUUUCGUGUCUGUUUAUUAGUUGACUGGCGAAUGAGGUAUUCCUUUUAGAUUUGGCCUUACUCUACAAUUGCCCUACAUGCUAUUUGGUACCCAGAUGACACCGGGACCUACCUAUCCACUACCACACAUCCCGGUGUUGGCUCUAUCCUUGGACUUUUUUGAAACACAGAGAAAUAGUCAUCAUGUUAAUUGUUCAAUGUAAACAUUUUUUUUCCCUUUUUACGCAUUCUUGUUCAUAAUUUGAUUACAUAUUUCUUAAACACUUCCCAAUAAUGCUUAAUAUAUUACUUUGUUAAGCUUGUAAAAUUUCACAGUGACCUGUAAAGGGGUCAGGAGCAUCUAGUACUUCAGCAUAAUAACCUGAUUGGGGAUAAGUCCUAAAUUCUCACCCAGAAUAUGUUGGUGGAACGAACUGAAGAGAGUGAUGCUACUGGCUGUUUCUUUGUUUUAUUUAAAACAUCUUUUGAAGUUGCUAUGCAAUGUAUAGUCAUGCGGGGCUUAAUAUUGAGGAUAGUUUUUCAUUUACUACUUCACAUAUUAUCUAUAUAUAUUUAUCUUAACUUAAAAAACAAAAUGCAUGUCAUUUUCACUGAAGUUAUCAUUAUGAAGCAAACCCUGUUUCCCUCUGAUAAACCAGUAUUAAUUUUUUCUUUU